CUUAUUUUACAACCCCUGAGCAAUAUCUCACGUUUUGACCUCCUACAUAGGAUCUGAGCCUGUGGAUGGAUAAGCAGCAACAGCCCGGUCCGCCUGAGUCGUGAUGGAUCUGUCCUAAACGCCGCUUUCUUUUCUGCCUCCUUCGUGUGAACUGCUGCCGGAUGCUCCUCGCCCUCCCCCCUAUGCACUUGUUGCGCAGAGACUGGAUGCGCCGCUGAGCCCUUGGAGAGGAGAGGCAGGGGACGGACUGCAACAGGUGCACACAGAGCAUCUCCUCCAGCCAGGCUGCAUCGGAGGGAACGCUGAACUUUAAAUGACAGUUUAAAGACCCUUUGGCAGUCUUCAACCUUUACGCACGCAGAGACAGGAUGCCCGUGUUAACGAGCCCCGACAUUGCCAACAAGUUUAAGGAGAAAUGGCUUGCGGUGUACCCGGAGGAUCAGGUCACGGGGUCUGACUCCGUGCCCCUCGACGACAGCCUCACCAGCCUCCACUGGCUCCAGAAUUUCUCCAUACUCAGCGCGGACCCGGAGCGACCCAACGGCGCCGGGCCGGAGUGCCCGUCCUCCCAGCAGCACCUCUUCCUCAAACGCCUCGGCUUCCCCAGCGCCGGCACCGACUCCCCGUCCAGCCCCCCGGCCGCGGACACCGCCGCCACCGGGAUGCCCCUGUACCUCGGGAGCCCGGUCACCUCCGGCAGCGACUCCACCGCGGCCCCCCGGUUCACCAGUUGCUCGCACCCCACGUCCGGUUACCCGCAGAUCCCAAUCCAGGCGUGCCCUCCGGUGGAGGUUGACUACAAAACCAACUCAAAGGUCAAGCCGCCUUACUCCUAUGCGUCUCUCAUCUGCAUGGCCAUGCAAGCCAGCAAGCAGCCAAAGGUGACUCUGUCCACCAUCUACAACUGGAUAACGGAGAAUUUCUGCUACUACAGACACGCGGAGCCCAGCUGGCAGAACUCGAUUCGUCACAACCUGUCCCUCAACAAGUGUUUCAAGAAGGUCCCCAGGCAGAAGGACGAACCAGGCAAGGGAGGCUUCUGGCAGAUCGAUCCCCAGUACGCUGACAUGUUUGUCAAUGGCAUCUUCAAACGCAGGAGGAUGUCGGCUAACCACUACAGCAACAGCGGCGGCACGCACAGGCAGAGCAAAGCGGUCCCGGGCUAUCACGGCACCCAAAAUGGCUGCCCCUACCAGGGAGGCAAACGGAAGCACCUUUCCUCCAAGCACAGCAAGCCAACGAGAGCCACGGAGUCUCCUCUCUUGGCCACAGAGGCCAACAGGGUGGACAUCCUCAGGGGGGACUUUGACUUGGCGUCCGUGUUCGACGACGUCCUCGGCGGGAACUGCAGCACGUUUGAGGAUUUGGACAUCAACACGGCGCUGAGCUCCCUUGGCUGUGAGAUGGAGGUCACCAUGCAGGGGAGGCAGCACUCGGCUGGGGUGGCGAGGUGGUGUGGAGGAGGAGGAGGGGACGUCAUGGGUCAAAGCCAGCACAUCAGCCACCAUCAGUCCUACGGCUACAUGGACCUGAGCGCCGCAUCCGUGGAGUGCGCAGUCAACAUGGGGGAGCUCCAUGUGGCCCACCAGCACCCACAGCACCCACAGCAGCACCUGGAUCAAGAUCAGCUGCUCCAGAGUCACCCGCACCUGCAGCACUUCGAGGAGCCCUCUACGCUCUUCCCAGAGCAGCUGGAAGCGGCGAUGCUUCAGCCAUGGGAGGAGAUUAAAGAGGAGGCGCAGGCCAUCCCUCUCACUCUGGACCAAGGCUUCGGCCUGUGCGACGCCUUUUUCACCGAGAUGCAGCAGUGGGAACGAGUGGAGAGCUAUCUGUGACCUCAGAACCCCCCGAGCAGCACUGACUUAUCUGGACAACUCCGAUUGCCGGUCGUUCCCUGUAUCACCUGAGAGGAUAACAGUGGUGACAGUUACGUCUACAUCUGCAUUCCCUCCCAUCAUCCUGCAACGCACACAGCAUCUAUAAUUUAUUUUUUAUGUCGCAACCACCCACGCAGAGCCAGAUAACAUAGAUGUGUUCAUUAAAGACAAUGUUGUGACUACAAAACUUGGUUGCCGACCAAAUUGUGGAUUGUUUCCUGGCAUAGAUUUACAUUUUAUUCCCGUGGGUGUCAGCUGCUGCGCCGAUAUUAAAACAUUUACAGUCAAUAAAGUUUAUGUACCAAAUUAAAUUUUCAUAUGGACUUAUCUCACUCUGUAGAAUCAAAGGCAAAAGCUAAAGGCCUUUUUUUUUAAAAAAAGGAUGAAACAUGAAGAAGAGUUGACUGUGCGCACAAAACACGUCCAUCACUUCAAGUUGGACUCCCAGGAGCUCAAACGUGAGGACGCUGUUGCUGCGGAUUGUGACGGAAGGAAAGCGAGGACAGUCCGACCUCCCUGCGUCAAAGCGCUCUUCACAAACUAGCACUGUCGCCACGAGACCGAGAAGACAUACAGGAUUCUAUUGUGCUACAUUAGCAUUAACUUUUUUACUAACAUGCAGUGAAAUCAGCCAUUCAACUGAAAUGUCUAUGUCGAUGGACUAUGUCACAGCAAAAUGGAGACGAAAUAACUUAAAGGAGAUUAGAAAUCAUUCACUUACUACUACACUGUUCUAUAGACGAUUUAAUAUAUAUAUAUAUAUUCAUUAAAGUAUAUAGCAUGAAGCUAGGCAAGAUGGUUUGCCAUUCAAUAUGUAUUGCAAAGCAAAAAGAGGAGCAGGUGGCCGGUGGAGGACAGAAGCUGAGUCACGAAAUCAAACAUUAUGCACUUUGAUAGGCAGCAGUUAUAGGAAAGCAGGACAGCUUUUGUUCAGGAGUUUUAUUUUUUACGGUAUUAAAAUGAUUAAAGUUUACUGACCAUAAUGAAACCGAUGCAUAUAUGCUGUAAUUGUUACUGGCCUCUUUUAGAAGAAUGAACUGCAAUAAAUCAAACUGGCAAAAGUUUGUUUUCUUAUAUAUACAUUUUUUUCCUAAUAUACACAGUGGGAUUUUUUUUUUUUUUUUUUUACAUAUAUAUAAUAUUGCGCCAAAUUUGUGGAUAAAGAAUAUGCAGUUCAUUGGUGUUUGUGUGUUGGUUAAUCACACCUUCCAUCCCAGCGGCCCCUAAACUCAGACCAGGCUGCAUCUGUUUUGAUGGUCACAGAGAGUGGCUCAUUCAAUCAAGAGGCUCCUGGGUGCUGCUGUGGUUAUAAUGGAUGUGGCGUUUUGUUGUGCUGGAUUCAUUUCUGUCAUUUCAUCAGAUUUGAAGAAUUCUUAGAACAGGUUCAGUAACAUCACUGUCUGUGACUCACUCUCAUUAGGCUGUUACUUAAUCUAUAAUUUACAGCUGUGAGUAGGUGGAAGUAAAAAAAAAAAAAAAAAAAAUUCGCUGUUUUUCAAAUCUCAUUUUGGCCUGAUGAUGGAGACCCUGAAACUUGUUUUGUUUUCAAGUGUCUCUUAUCCAGUGAUGCCAGUCUUGUUCGUUCUGGAUUUUUUUUGAAACAGCCACCGAGUGAAUUUUUCAGAAUGAUUUUUCAGAUGAUAAUAACCUGGGUCUUCAGGGUCUGAUCAGAAUGAAGAGGCGUUUUGUUUUCUGUCACAUGGUGAUGGAUUUUAGUUUGUUCUGAUUGAUAACGUCGGUGUAUGUCUUUUUUUUUUUUUUUUUUUUAAUAUUUUGUACUGCUUGUUUCCAUUAAUCUGAUCAGAACUCUGAGAGGCAUGGUUGGGGGCAGAUCCAAAAAUUUAACUCUUAAAGGUCCAACUUUCUUAUUGUAUCAUACUGAUUAUCGUUGGUUGACAUGAACUCUUUAAUCUUACCAUAAUAUUCUCAUUUGUACUUUUUUUUAUUAAAAAAAAAAGAAAAAAAAAAGAUGUUGGAAAUGCAAUCAUGCCUCGAUGCAAUAAAUGGUGUCAAUUAAAGAAAAAAACUGU